AUGCAAAAAAAACGUGAACAAGAACUUGCUACAAAAGAUGCUGAAGAAAAUCAAAAAAUUAAUGAAUUACGAAAACAAGGUCAAAAUGAUUUAGAACAUUGGUAUAAUGAACGACAUAAACAAAUCGAACAAAAACGACAAAUAAUAAAAAUUGAAGAAAAUAAUUUACUUAUAAAUUUACUUGAUUUUACUGAUGAAAAACAAUAUUCAAAAUCAAAACAAGAUUUAACACGUAUGAAAUCAUGUAUUUUUACUGGAAAACGUAUAAGUGAUAGUAAAAAAUUAGAAAACAGUUUUUAA